AAUUUAGCGGAUAAAAUAAAAUAGAAUAUGACACCAGCGUCUGCGUGAGAGGGAGAAAUCGGAGAUGAGUUGUGUUGUGAAGGCAUAUAAAUUUUAAUUCAUUGCCAUUUUCUGCCACCAUUUUGACCCAAAACCAAUAGCCACUUUACAUUACAAUCAGAAGAAGAACCCAUUUUCUCUUGUAACCAAAAAAGGAAUUAGAAGCCAUUCAAUUCAUCGUCGGAAAAUUCCAGAUCUCAAAAUAUGGACUUUUUGCAGAGUCACAGGGUUGAGAUGAUAAGCAUGGCAGUUGCUCUUGUUGCCAUUGUUGGUGGCACCGCCUACUAUUACUAUGUCACCAAGAAGCCUAAAGGGUGCUUGGAUCCUGAGAACUUCAAGGAGUUUAAACUUGUUAAACGCACUCAACUCAGCCAUAAUGUUGCCACGUUCAGAUUUGAUCUUCCUACUCCUGAUUCAGUAUUGGGACUUCCUAUUGGACAACAUAUCAGCUGCAGAGGGAAAGAUAGUCUUGGUGAAGAAGUUGUGAAACCAUAUACUCCAACAACAUUGGAUACUGAUGUUGGAUACUUUGAAUUGGUUGUAAAGAUGUAUCCACAAGGUAGGAUGUCUCAUCACUUUAGGGAGAUGCGUGAAGGUGAUUACAUGGCUGUGAAGGGACCAAAGGGACGUUUUAAGUACCAGCCCAACCAAGUAAGAGCUUUUGGUAUGAUUGCUGGUGGCACUGGCAUCACCCCAAUGUUUCAAGUUACAAGGGCUAUAUUAGAAAACUCACAGGACAAAACCAACAUAAAUUUGAUAUAUGCAAAUGUCACAUAUGAUGACAUUCUUUUGAAGGAAGAGCUGGAUGCUUUUGCCAUUGCUUUCCCGGAUCGAUUCAAAGUUUAUUAUGUUUUAAAUCAGCCACCAGAAGUAUGGGAUGGUGGUGUUGGAUUUGUGUCUAAGGAAAUGAUCCAAACACAUUGCCCUGCACCAGCACCAGAUAUUAAGAUGCUAAGGUGUGGACCACCUCCAAUGAACAAGGCUAUGGCUACUCAUCUUGAAGCUCUUGGAUACAGUCCCCAAAUGCAGUUUCAGUUUUAAGUCUUGAAUAAAGCUUGCUAUAUUACAUUUUUAAAACUAUACAGAUAGCAUUUCGAAUCCAAAAUGUCAGUAUUUGGGCACUUUUGGUGUUUUAUUUCUAGAUUUGACAGAAUAUGCACUAAUGUUAUAAUCUAGAUUUGAAAUUUUACGCAUUAGGGUUGGUUUAGAUAAACUUAACCCUAAGUACUUAUUUAUGGGAGGAAAAAAGGAAGAAAAAAUGAAACAAGCUUCUUUGAGUCAAAACUAGCUUAUGCAAUAAUUUUUAAUUUUUUUAGAGAAAUUAUAUGAAAGAACUUUUACAAAUUAGCUUAUGCAUAAGCUAUUUUAAUUUAUAAAAAAGUUUAUUUUAUUUUUUCUUCCCUUUUUUCUUCUAAAAAUACUUAUAGAAAAGUUAUUCAAACAGACUUUUAGUUCAUAUUAAAGUUUUGAUGGCGUACACUUUAGUUUGUACGCCUUAUAUAUCUUGUAUGUUCAUGUAGAGGUUCGUGUGUUAUCUUUGUAUAUGACUGAAUAGCUAACACUUCGUGUUCCAAGUUCUAUAUAUUACUAGAUGUUGACGUACGCCA